UAGCGUUUUAUCGCUCUUCAUCGGAUCUGCCGGUUUUAUCAUUCGACCAGAACUCUUCCCCCGAUGGUACAUGUUCGCGAUCCCUCGUCCUCGGCGAACACAUCACAUUAUCAGACUCGGCACUGGAAGUUUAACUGGACCGUGCACUUCACUGAGUCUGUUAUUUCUGGACUUGCCAACUUGCGUAUUAAAAAGAUAUGUGCAGACGAAAAUCCACUACUGAUCUUGGAUGCCAAUGAUUUGCAGAUCGAAGCGGUCAAAAUAUCCGGCCAAGCGACCGAAUGGAAAAUACUACCUCAUUCUACUAAGGAACUUGGCUCACAACUUGAAAUUGAAGUCCCCACUAAAGACAACGAGUUUGACGUUGAAAUUCAUUAUCAAACUUCGCCAGAGUCAACUGCUUUGCAAUGGCUAGAACCGGAAUUGACCGCAGAUAAGCGUCUUCCAUUUAUGUUCAGUCAAUGUCAGGCGAUCCACGCUCGAAGCUUGUUUCCCUGUCAGGAUACUCCUAGUGUGAAGGCUACUUUCGAGGCUGUGGUUCAUGUUCCCAAGGAUGCUGUGGUUGUGAUGGGCGCCGUCCGCGUCAAAGAACCUUCUGUAUCUUCUCGUGGAGACGAUUGGCGUGAAUAUCACUUUGUACAAAGUGUACCCAUUCCAAGUUACCUAGUCACCAUUGCCUGCGGCGAUUUGGCCUCCGAACGUAUCGGACCCAGGUCGUCAGUGUGGGCCGAACCUAGUGUGGUGAAAAAGGCGGCUCAUGAAUUUUCGGAUACGGAAAAAAUGAUUGCAGCUGGUGAACAGCUAUGCGGUCCUUACAUCUGGAAGAUCUACGAUAUUCUGGUGCUUCCACCAACGUUCCCCUAUGGUGGUAUGGAGAAUCCGUGUCUCACUUUCGUCUCUCCAACCAUUAUUGCUGGUGAUCGCUCACUGGUAAAUGUCAUUGCCCAUGAGAUUGCACAUUCAUGGACAGGAAAUUUGGUGACAAAUUCGUCUUGGGAGCAUUUCUGGCUCAAUGAAGGUCAUACGGUGUACCUGGAACGGCUAAUUAUGGAACGACUCUAUGGGAAAAAGCAGCGGGACUUGGUGAUGGCGAUCGGAUAUACGGAGCUGAUCAACGCUUGCGAAACUUUGGGCAAAGAUAACCCGUUUACCAAAUUGGUGACUAACCUGGAAGGCGUUCAUCCCGAUGUUGCCUACAAUAGGAUUCCGUAUGAGAAGGGCUCAUUAUUCCUCUACUUUUUGGAACACACAUUUGGUAAAGAUAAAAUGCUGUCAUGGUUGCAACAGUACAUCAAAAAGUUCGCCGGUGGGGCUUUAGAUACACAUGCUUGGCGCGAAUUCCUGUCCACACAAUUGGGUCCCGAAGUUGAAGGCCCUGCAGUUGACUGGAACGAAUGGCUUUACGGUCUUGGAAUGCCACCGUGGAAACCGACACUCGAAGCUGAUAAUGCAAUUUCCGAAUGCGAUAAGCUAAACGACCUACUGUGUUCAACGGAGCUACCACACAGUACAUCUGAAUCGACGGCUUUACGAGACUUAUGGAAACAGCUGUCACCCACGCAGCGUGAGCUUGCUUUGUGUCGUAUGAACGAACGACCCCCUUUACACCAUGACAACCUUCGUCGCAUAGAUGUUAUUCUGGAAUUAUCAAAAGAGAAAAAUGCUGAACUUCGUUUUCAAUGGUCACUGAUGACUAUUCGGGCGCAAUAUAUGCCUGCUUUGGAGAGUUGUUUGGAAUUCCUCAAUAGUCAAGGACGAAUGAAGUACACGCGCCCGAUCUACAGGGAAUUGAACAAAUGGUCCGAGGUUCGUCAGCAGAUACAUGACAACUUUAAGUCCCAAAAGCCUUUCAUGCACAGGACUACAGCCAUGCUUGUCGAAAAGGACCUUGAAUUGGCUUGAAUCCUCGGAUAGCCGUGAUGGUUCAGUCAUCGAACUCAUCUGAUAAGGGUUUCGAUGAUCAUGCCAUUCGCCUAACCACUCUUUUCAUGCCCGUUCCAUGUUUUCAAAUACGUCUUUUUGGUUUUUGACGUGGGUGUGCUUUAGAAUGCUCAAUAUUGCUAUCUUGUUGCACUCCAAAU